AUGAAACUAAGUGAGACUAAGUGCACGAGAAAUAGUUUACUAGCGAUUAUUUUAAUUAUUGCUCUAGUUAUUUUAAAAAAAAACACAUCUUCUAUUUCUUCUUCUUUUUCUUCUUCUUCUUCUUCUUCUUCUUCUUCUUCUUCUUCUUCUUCUUGUAUGCCUUUUCUUCUUCUAUGUCUUCUUUUUCUUCUUGAAUGCCUUCUUCUAUGCCUUUUAUUUUCUUUUUCUUCUUUUAUGCCGCCUUCUACUUCUUCUUCUUUGUCUUCUUUCUUUUCUGUGUUUGCUUCUAUAACUUCUCCUCCUCCUCCUUCUUAUUCUUCUAUUCCUUCUUCAUCUUCUUUGCCUUCUUCUAUAUCUUCUUCGUCUAUUCCUUUUUCUUCUUCUUCUUCUUCUUCUUCUUCUUCUUCUUGUAUGCCUUUUCUUCUUCUAUGCCUUCUUUUUCUUCUUAAAUGCCUUCUUCUAUGCCUUUUAUUUUCUUUUUCUUCUUCUAUGCCUUCUUCUACUUCUUCUUCUUUGUCUUCUUUCUUUUCUGUGUUUGCUUCUAUAACUUCUCCUCCUCCUCCUUCUUAUUCUUCUAUUCCUUCUUCUAUACUUAUUUUUUCUAUGCCUUCUUCAUCUUCUUUGCCUUCUUCUAUAUCUUCUUCGUCUAUUCCUUUUUCUUCUUCUUCUUCUUCUUCUUCUGUGCCUUCUUCUAUACCUACUUCUUCUUAUUAUUAUUUGCCUUCUUCUAUACCUUCUUCUUCUAUUCCUUCUUCUUCUUUUUCUUCUUCUUCUUCUUCUUUAUUCUAUACCUUCUUCUUCUUUGCCUUCUUCUAUACAUUCUUCUUCUAUGCCUUGUUCUAUGCCUUUUCUUCUUCUUCUUCUUCUUCUUCUUCUUCUUCUUCUUCUUCUUCUUCUUCUUCUAUGCCUUUAAUUUUCUCUUCUUCUUCCAUGUCUUCUUUUUUCUUUUUCUAUGCUUUCGUCUAUAACUCCUUUUUCUUCUACUUUUUCUAUGCAUUCAUCUAUUUCUUCUUCUAUUCCUUCUUCCUCUAUGCAUUCUUCUAUACCUUCUCCUUCCUCUAUGCAUUCUUCUAUACCUUCUUCUUCCUCUUCAUCUAUUUCUUUGGCUUCUAUAUCUCCUUCUUCUUCUUCGUCGUCUUCUUCUUCUUCUUUUAUACCUUAUAUCUAUUCAGGAAGUGUGCAAAAUAG